GAAGCUCAGAGCUACUCUGGUUUCGAGCUUGAGAAAGAAUUUUAAAGGGUUAAAAGAUGGAGAAUAGUGGCAGUUUAGAGCAAGCUCUGCAAGAGGGAAACAUCUUGAGGCAACUCAAUGCCCUCAUCGUGGCUCAUCUCCGUCACCAUAAUCUCUCACAGGUUGCAAGUGAUGUUGCUUCAGCCACCAUGACACCAUUGAAUGUUGAGGUUUCUCCAACCCGUCUUCUGGAGCUUGUUGCAAAGGGUCUUGCAGCGGAGAACAACGGGUCACUGAGAGGUGUUUCUUCAUCAGUCUUGUUACCCACUUCUUAUGGAUCAGUCACUAAUCCUCGCACAGCUUCUAUUGACUUCAGUGCUACUCAUGUAAAGGGCUCUUCAAAAACUCUCCCAAAGCAUGAAUCAAAGCAGCUAUCAGAGCACAAGAGCGUCGUCAGGUGUGCAAGAUUUAGUUCUGAUGGAAUGUUUUUUGCAACCGGCGGUGCAGACACAUCUAUUAAGCUCUUUGAGGUGCCAAAAGUAAAGCAGAUGCUUUCAGGAGAUACUCAAGCUCGACCAUUAAUACGAAGUUUUUAUGAUCAUGCUGAACCAAUAAACGAUCUUGAUUUCCACGCUCGGAGCACAAUCCUAGUAUCCAGUGCCAAAGACAACUGUAUAAAGUUCUUCGACUUCUCUAAAACAACAGCUAAACGAGCAUUUAAAGUUUUUCAGGAUACACAUAACGUGCGCUCUGUGUCUUUCCAUCCUUCUGGAGAGUUUCUUCUUGCAGGAACUGAUCAUGCGGUUCCACAUCUGUACGAUGUAAACACUUAUCAAUGCUUCCUUCCUUCAACUUUCCCAGACAGUGGAGUAAAUGGAGCCAUUAAUCAGGUGCGGUAUUCUUCAACUGGAUCCGUCUACGUUACAGCCUCAAAGGAUGGAUCUAUUCGACUCUUUGAUGGGGUAAGCGCAAAGUGUGUACGCUCCAUUAGCAGUGCACAUGGAAAAUCAGAGGUCACUAGUGCUGUAUUCACCAGAGAUCAAAGGUUUGUUCUCUCGUCUGGUAAGGAUUCUACGGUUAAGCUAUGGGAAAUAGCUUCUGGUCGAAUGGUCAAGGAGUACCUCGGAGCAAAGAGGUUAAAACUGCGGUCUCAGGCAAUCUUUAAUGACACGGAAGAGUUUGUAAUCUCCAUAGAUGAAGGAAACAAUGAGGUCGUUACGUGGGAUGCGAGAACAGCAGAGAAAGUGGCAAAGUGGCCUUCAAACCAUAACGGUGUACCGCGGUGGGUCGAGCACUCACCGGUUGAAUCAGUCUUUGUUACUUGUGGAACCACAGAUAGAUCAGUUCGGUUCUGGAAGGAAUCCGUGUAGAAGAUACUUUUAAUCAACCAAACAAAUGUUUUCAUAUCUUGAAAACAUAAAUGUUACAUGAAGAUACAAAACAACAUAAUUUAUGGAGAUAUAUGUGUCCUUAUGAGGAUAUUAUUUUAGAGA